AUGGUGCGGGUCGCCGCUCCCGCUCCCCCACGAGCAAUCAGCUACCAUCGUCUAUGUAGGAUUACGUCUCUGAGGCCGUCGGCGCCGCAGCGCGUCUUCACUUGCGGACCCGACCGUGCCUCCGGGGCCGCCACCGCCGUGGUGGAGGCCCUCACUCUUCGCGACAUAUGCCAGAGUCGCGUCCCGGAGCACGUCCUACGGAGGCGAGACUUUUCACUUCCCUUCCCGCUGAUUAUUACUCUCAUAUUCCCUUGUUCGCCGUGUUUUUUACGCAUUUUGGGGAGCUGAUAUGGGCAGAGACUGGGCUGUCUGUCUUCUUCUCGUUUGAAUUUGCUGGGUAGGACGAUGCUUUGUCGCUCAUUAGUUCUGACGACUGGGAUUGUAGAUGAUUAUAUUUUUUACUGUUGCCUGCGUUGGAUUUUUUGACUGUUGCCUGUAAUGGCGCCGACGACUCGCUAAUUCUCUCACCCAUCCCGGCGUUUUCGUUUGCUUUUUGCGUUCCAAUUUUGUCGGCAUUUGACAUGUUUCGUCAUUUCUGGUUCGCUCGACUGCAGGUGAUAUUUUCGCAUGGUAUAUUCCAUUUUUUCCACCAAUAUACUGAUGUAUGUUCUAAUUUCUGGCGAGAGUAUCCAUCGUAAUGUUACUAUUUGCCUAAUUUAAUGGAGAUAAUAUGGAAGCUUAUUUGAUCUUUUAUCAUAGUUUUACAUUUAUUCCAUUCCCUUCAUCAUCCUAGCACCUUCCUUCUACAUAAAUAUUUGGCCGCUCGUAAACAUUCUUGUGGGCUGAUGAACACAAGGAUGAUAAAUAUUGACUUUUUUAACUGAAUGCAUCUCUAUUUCGUACUAAAAGACAAUUUAUUUAGCGUGUGCCUUGUUAUUUUGGAAGAACUUUACUGAAUCACGAUCUUUGCGCUAUAGACUAUUUUAUUAUAUGUUUCUCCUUUUGCUCCACACUUAUCAUCUAUUGCGUUUUCAGGUAACUUCUCAAUGUUUAUGUCCUCAAGCUCCUUCAUUAUUGGAUGCCACUUCUCAAUUUUAUGGCCUUUAUUUUUAAAAUCUUAAUGCGCCCACCCCACUAUUUGAAGAUGUGUUGACUGUUAUACUUUUCUGAUUAGUCUAGUUGAGUGACAUUUUUUAGAUUAUGUUUUGGAUUUGAUAUUCUUAACAUAUAUUAGUCACAAUUUCUUAUCCUGCAGAGCUGAAGAUAUUGGAUUUACUUUACCUACUGAAGUCCAGAGGCAGUCUUUACCGGUUCUACUAUCUGGAAAGGACUGCGUCCUCCAAGCUCAGGUUAAGCAAUAUAGAAUUUUUAUUAUUUAUCUCGUUAAAAUGUUGUGGAAGAUUUUGCAUGACUGAAAUCAUUUUUAUAUCGUGUUAAAUUAUUUCAAGUGUCUCGGAGGGCUUAAGGCGGAGUUUGAAACGAAAAUGCUUGGGAUAAAUUCCAUUCUAGUUUUCUAGAAGACGUCAGCAUACUUUUGACACAUGUCAGAAGUAUUGUUAUUUUAUGAUCCUGUUAAUGGUAGAUAGCUUUACCUUGUCUAUCAGUUCAUGAUGGUGCAACUGUGCCAGAACUUCAUGUGCGUGUGCAUCAUUUCCUUCAAGAUAUAUAUUGCUAUGGAUCUCAAUGCAUUAAACUAUGCCGGUUUUACCUGAAAAUUGAUCCUAAGUUCUAUUUGGACCGAAACAUGCUGUUAAAGCCUGCUUACGUUUUUGACAACCGGUACUAUGGUCAUCUUCCUAUUUGUGGGCUUGCAGAUUUAAUGAUGGCUUAAUCAGCCAUAAAGUUCAAUUUUUCAAGGCCUCGUUUUUGGCAAACCAGUCCCUUGGAGUCCUUUUCAUUUCAAGUUGAAAAAGUAGAGCUGAAGCAAACACAAUGUUUUCCUUGUGCGGUCAAAAGCACUUAUGUUCACUUUGGUGAAUUUUACGAACUGAAACAUGAAAAACAUCCCAAGAUUAUCUUCAUAGACGUAUAUGCCCAUUUAUUUUUUAAAGGAUAUUUUUAAUUAGAAAAGCUCCCAUUAAAGGUUUAAAAUAAUAUACUACUCAAGGAAUCAAAUCAGAGUAAACAAGUCAGUCCAUUUCCUUUAUUUCAGUUUUCUGAUAAUUUGAUACAGGGAAAUUCGUUUAAAAUUGACCUAACAAAAUCAAUCACAUGGCCCUUCUGGUACACUAAUCUCUGGCAUUUACCCUUUUAUUUUAUUUUAAACUAUCCAUUUUUAUUUGAAGAACCUAUCCACUUAUUCUGAUGAGCUGAUGAAGAAACGAUUUGGAAUUAAGAGAACAUUUGAUGGAUUUAUUGGAGGAAUUUGGAUGUGCAUAGUUGAAGAAAAUUGCCGAGCAGGUUACCAGGGGUUCUUUUUAGAAAUAUUUUUUUAGAUGAAUUUUUAAGAUAACUAAGUGAACGUUUAUAAAAAAUUACUGUGAGAAUGCUGUAAUGGAAAGCCAGUCGGCAUGUGUAUGAAAUAAGAAACUUGCCUUACAUUCUACAUAAUGAUCUUAAUUAGCUUGAGUCUUUGAUUAGAAAGUCAGUUAUGAUCCAUCUCUUCCCAAUUUAUUACAGAAUGUGUCUUCAUAUGCAAUCAUUCCUUGCUGAUUUGAUCUGAAUUGGAUCGAUGCAUAUCAUCCAACACGAUUGUCAAGUUUAAUAAAUCCUAUACCCUCAUGGGAUCAACUAAGAUGCGUAGAGUCAAGGCUUUUGAAAGGAGAAUCUAAUAAUUUCAAAGACAUUUUGAUGGUAGCUCAUGGAGUCGAGUUGAUUGGUUCAGAAUUCUCUUGCUAAUUGAUGUAGAGUAGACAAGUGAUCUAUCAUGUUUCAUAGCCCUGCACUUCUAUCCGACUAUAUAUGUCUUCAUGUGUGAUCUUUAAAAAAAAAUGUAUUCUACACCCUGGACAGAUACACUGUAGACAUCAUUUCCAUAAAUAUUGUAAUAAUUGGGCUCCUAUUUUGUUUUAGACAGGUUCAGGGAAAACACUGGCGUACUUAUUAUUAAUAUUUUCUGCCAUCAAUCCUCAACGGUCUGCUGUGCAAGCACUCGUAAUUGUACCAACCAGAGAACUUGGUAUGCAAGUAAGUCAACAGCAUUAUCAGCGAGCAUGUACCUAUUCUGCAUGUUCUCAGUGUUGUUUGUGUGUGAAGGUUGCUAGUGUUGCUAGGAUGCUUGCAGCGAAGCCAACAGGAUUUGAAUCUGUUGACGAGACAUGCACUAUAAUGGCGCUUCUAGAUGGGGGAAUGCUAAAGAGACAUAAAACAUGGCUAAAGGUUUUUUUUAUACAUUGACUGUUCUUACCUCUAAAUCUAGACAUGGCUAAUGGCCAGUUAAUUGGCAAGUUUUGUAAGUCUGUGCUUCAUUUCUCUUUUCUGUUGCAUUAAACCUUCAAAUUUACCAUUCUUCAAUUGCAGAGUAUCAGUGAAACAACUAUUCUGGCUGCAUUAAUGGGCAUUUUACCUUUAUAGAUUUCUUCUUUUCCUCUUUUCCUUGCCGAAAAUGAUAUGAGAUUGAUGUUUCCAUGCCCCUUUUUCAGGAUUGCAUAAGUAACAGUAUGAAAUUGGUCAAUCCGUGAUGGAGAAAUAUUAAGGUUUUUUCUUAAAGAGUUAGCAACACAAUAUCAGUUAAGGGAAGGGAAAAUAUGCAAAUUUUAAAACCAUGACGUCUCGAAAUGACACCCUAUACAUCCUGAAGAAGUUUCAUAUCAGAAAAGCUCUUUUGAAAUACUUGAUGAUUUUCUAUCUCAUCACAUUGCUUCAAUUUCCAUGAUGACGGGUUGCGGAGGUAAAAUAAAGCAGACAAAAAGUGUCGAGGAGAAUGUGUUCGGAUCUUUGGUGGUAGCAGUAAGUGGCGAUAUGUACACGCCUUCUGCAUUGUUCAACUCAAAAUAGCUCGAGUGGGAAGGCAUGUAGGAAUUCGUAUUCAUGUAGUUCAACAUUGUUGCACGUGAAUCAUAAAGUUGUAAAAGUUGAUUAGCUUUCUAGCAAUGUAAAUGUCUUCUUAGUCAUGUAACAUUGAAAAUUUACAAUUUUCAAAGUUGGCUUGACUACCAGAAAAAAUUUGGUCUUCUAACGUAUUUGAUGUUAAAUAUUAGUCCCGAAUGAUCCUUACUGGAUUGGAAUUUCAUUUUCUAUUAAACUAUUAUACUUAAAGGACAUAAACAAGCAUGAUUUGGCUGAAAGCCAAGUACUCAGUCUACUGAACACUGGACAUGAUGAUGUAUUACUCUAACUUUGCUUUUAAUAGCUUCCAAGGAUGAUCCAUUGCUAGAAAUUUUAACUAUUUGUAAAAUGUUAUCUUGACUGAUUCCAAAAAAAAAAAAAACGAAUUAGCUUGGAUGCUGCUCACAAUAAUUGGAAUUGCCAACUUUGUUCAAGAAUUUUUUCAACAGGAAAAGAAGGCCGGCAAAUUUUAUUUCUGUGAAAUGUCUCAUUUUACAUUUAUUUUUCUCUGAGCUGGGCUUCUUUUCUACUAAAUGAAAGUUCUUUGUGACGUUGUGACAUGACUAAAAGUUAGUCUCAUUAUAUUGAGGAAUUGGACUUGUCACAAAUUUUCUGGAUUUCUUGCAUUAUACUCUUACUGUUUUUGACACCACAUUUUUUCUAUCGAGGUCUCAACUUAUAGACAUAUCUUCAGAUGUAAAUGCUUGUAAUCAAUAUUUUCCCUUUCAGGGUUAAAUGCUUGUAUCUGUUUGCCGUUUACAUCAUGUAAAAAACACUCCCUCUCUUUUUAUUAAUGAGGAAUUGUACUUAUUACUGCAUACUUUCUGAAAAAACGUCAUUUAAACUUUCAGGCUGAACCCCCAGAGAUAGUGGUGGCAACGCUUAGCAGUCUAUGCCAGAUGCUAGAAAAGAAUGUUUUAAAGCUUGAUACAAUUCGGGUUUUGGUUGUUGAUGAGGUAUAUAUAUCUAUGAUUCCUAAUUUUAGAGAUACGAGUGUUUUACGAAAGUUGGACGUGCCAUGUCUUUCCAUGAUGUAGAAAGUUAGAAUUUUUAGAUUAAACUGAUUGGAUACCGACAUUCUAGCAACUGCUUGGAAUUGUGUUGGAAGUUCAAGGUCGCAAGGAGAUACUGUAAAAGACUGAGGGUAUCUUGGGAAACUUGCGUAGUGUUCCUCCCUAUAUAAUGGGUGUUAGAGGUGAAUGAAUCUUGAGGCGAUUUCCGCCUUUCCUCUGUGACAGAGAACAUUCUCCCUAUCCUAUGUUUUUCACCAGAUUGUGAAUGGCUAACUUACAGCUUCAAUAUAGAGAAGCCAAUAUUUUGAAAAGUUGGUACCUAAAUGGGUACUAUGUGGCUUACCUUUGCAGUUCAAAGAAGUUGAUCACCUAGGCUAUUUUUCUCUUAUGCAUCUAUUUCUAACUCACCUGACGCUGAUAAAAUUUCAACUAUGUUCAUUCUCAUCUUUCGAUUAACCGGUUAACAAUAAUGACGGUCUAAAUAUGAUUAUGAUGGUUGGGUAUUUACUUUCUUUCUUUGAUUAUAUAUUUUAUGCAUCUCUGAACUCUAAAAUUAUAGCUACCAAGAUUAAUGGUUUAAUUAUUACAGCUUCCCUUUUUCUAUGGAUAUAUGGUCAGUUUUAGCCAUUUUUCUAUCUGUAAUGAACAAAAUAGUAAGAGAAAAUUGCAUAAGAAAAAUAUGGUUCUCUUUGUACUUGGGUGAGCUUAUAGUGGGGUUUCCAGUCUAGACUAUGUGCCUGUUGAGUCCAUUAUUGUGCACGGAGCGUGUUAUUACCUUCUUUUGUUGAUUCACAUCAUUGCUGAAGUGAACAUUUUAGAGUCUCUGGUGAUGCUAAUGAGGAAAUAGUAACAAAGGCCAUCAAAGUUUGUAUUUAGAUUUGACUCAGCGAUGGCUAUAGACACGACUAAGGAAAAACUUCAAAAUGGGCCCUUUUCUUCUUCAUUUUUUGGCUAAAGUCAAUGAAAUCAAUGUUCAGUGCCCGAUUAUAAAAUUGAUGAACUCAAUGUUCAGUGGAUUGAAUGCUGAACUCAAUGUUUAGUCUUUCUGCUCUAUGAUUUUUUCAACAGAUUAACACCAAAUUUCCUGGUUGAUAGGUUGACUUCAUGUUCAAUUCGUCAAAACAAGGACAGUAUCUUCGGAAACUCUUGACGUCAUACUCUACAAUUGUGACUCGUCAGACAAUUUUUGCAAGUGCGUCCAUCCCCCAGCAUAACCGAUUUCUAUAUGAUUGUGUGCAGCAGAAGUGGACCAAGGUUUUGAGCUGAAAGUUUGUGUUCAUUUCGUUUUGUUUCAUUAUGGUUAUUUAUGGGAUGUUACUUAUUUUAGAUUCUCUUUAUUUUGAUGUUUUAAACAGAAUGAUGUAGUUCAUGUCCAUGUAAAUGCAGUGGAGCCUUUACCAUCAUGCCUUAGGCACAGAUAUGUGGUAAGAAUUUUAAGCGACAAUGUUUUUCAUCGCAGUUAUGAUCUUCAUUCAUAAGUGAUGCCGUGUGGAUUUAUGUUGUGUCCUAUGCCCGAUUUCGUAUUUCAACUUCAACAACACAGAAUUUUAACAUUCUGUGUUGUUGAAGGUGAAAAUGCUGGUAAUGUGUGAUAUAUUUAUAGAAACGUUAGGCUUUCUUUUUUGUACCAUAUCUGGAAAUUUUCCUUACUCUUUUAUGGUGAUGGUUUAAAUGAUUAACAGACGUGUGGGAAAAAUGAAAAGCUAGAGGUAUUGCUGUUCUUACUGCACAGAGAUGCGCCAAGAGCUGCCAUCAUUUUUGUAAACGAUCAGGUUUGUGUAGGUCAGCUUUCAUGCUAGCACUUAAAGAAAGACUAAAUCCGUCAUUAUUUAUGUGGAAAAUUGCAUGACAGUAUCAACAGACGUGCAUUUCUUUCGUAAUGGAUUAGCUAUUUUAUGCUGAGAUUCGAAUUUCUAGCAACAUUGUCUUAUGUGGUUGCUCUUUGUAUCUGGGUUGAAGUCUGAUCCUUUGUAUUUCUCUUUAAUUUAUUUCUGAAUCUGCAUGGUUGUUAUUUUUAGUCUACCUGCUUGAUCACGUAUCUGACAAAGUUUAGUAGAUUGUGCUGGAGUGAUUUCUUGGCCAUCAUAAUUCCCAUUUGGUAAAUGUUCCAGAUGCCAAGAAAGUUAUCAGAUUUUAUGUUGGUUUCCAAUCUGAUUUGAAUCCGUUAGCCUUCAUGCUCUUGGAACUGGACAUUUGGUUUCUACUGUUACUUCGAGUUCUGGUUAAACUGUGUUUUCCAACUUGUUUAUUUAACACCUUGAAGAAAAUUUCUUGUAUUUAAAAUAUCGUCUUUGAAUUGUGAUUUUGGUUUUUACACCUUGUUCCGUCUCUUGUGCUUGCAAACAGCUGAUAAGCUAAUAUUGAAUGGAAAUAUAUGAAAAAUAUCAAGGCGAUUAGCAUUUUAAGUAUUGACCUUGGAAUAGCAGACUCCACCUCAAUGUAAAGAUGCCUUUAUGAGAGGGAGGGAUCAAAAGGAUUGGAUGCACAGUCUCCAGGGAGGCCGGUUGUUUACAAUUUGGCUGCAUCAGGAUUUUCUUUUAACCAGGACUUUUUCAUACAUUCAACACUGGGAUGCCUAUAAGAGCAAGUGGUAUAAAUGCUCUUGCAUCAUGCUUCUAUGACCACGAUAUUUUCGUAAACACUUUUAAUGCAGUAAGAAAAGAGACUUUAUAAGGAAUUCGUCUCAAUAUUUUGUCUUGGUCACAUGGAGUUGAAAAUUAAGCUUAGUUGCUGAAUUGAUUGUGUGCUGACUGGGUUAAAGCGAUUCCGAAGUUGCUGUGACAAAUACAACAUAUGAGUAAGGACAUCUUUUCCUCAUAAUUUGUGGUCUGCCACAAUUACAGGCGCCUUUACAACAUUCGGAUGCUGUAGAUAAAUUGUUCAUCUUACUUGUCAUGCAACUGAAGAUACCCAACAACAGAUGGAAACUCUAUUGGCGUUAUUUUCUAGGAUUGGGGCACUAGAAAACUGGUGAAAGUUUGGGAUAGUAACGGUGAGUCAUGAAUGGUUAGAAAUAUGGGUGAUCUAGAACAGUGACUGAUCAUCACUCUGAUCUCUGAGAAAUGAUCAUGGAUAACAUGAGAUAUGUUAGUAGUAUGCACACAGUUCCAUUCGUUACUUGAUUUUUUUUCUAAUUGACAGGUGAGGAUGAUAUUGGGUAUGAGUGUUGGGGAGACUAGAAAUGAAUUACAGUUAGCAGGAAACACAUUGUGUUAGGGAGACUAUAAAUGCCACAUUGUGUUUCCUACCUUCUUCAAAGUUGAUAAUGGCUGCUAGAUCAUCGUGCCCAAUGGAUGUAGGACUAGUAAGAUCAAAUGUUAUCUUGCCAACAUGGUAGAGAGGUGAUCCCGAUUGGUCUGUACGUCUUCAAUAGAGACGCUUCUGGAGAAAAGUCAGAGACACUUAUUUGGGGCGUGCUUCAUAUGUAUGCAUAUUACACCGAUUGAAAUCAUUGUAAGUUGCACUGAUUGCCGCUGGACCUAUCCUGCACCACUGAGAAAGUUGUUCUCUACUAUCUAGUUCUACCAACAGGUUAGUAGCGUUCCUGAGACCCACCCUCCUUGUCCAAUUCACGUUAAUAGCGCACCUACUCUUCUGAGGUGGACGCCUAGUAUCAGAAAUGGGGACCCCCCAAUCACACUGAUUCGGUGAGAGAGAAGAAUAGAAGUUUCCUGUCUUCAAUCGUCACAACAUAUGGAACGUCUGUCCACAUCCAGACCACCUCUUUUCAUAUCCCUGGCUCCAUGUUAUGUUUGAAUAGUCAAACCCAAAGUCUUGAGAGCAGCUUUUGUUUUUCAGUCCUCUGCCCAGGUGACCCAAGUUUAUGUUGCAUUUAUUGGCUUUGACGGAAUCUGUCUAUUUUAUUUUAUUUUAUUUUUCUACGUAGCAUAUGAUAUGCUUCCUAGUCCAAUCCACUGCCUAGAUACUGGUGCUCUCGAGAUCUCUUUAGCCAAGGUGUUGUUGAAGAUAUUCUCGUUCCUCUUUAUGGUUGACUAAAACUUGGAUAAACUGAGAGAAUGACUUUCUAUGACCCAUCAUCCUCCAGUAGUUCCACUAGCAUUAGUUGCUUCUACCGCCUCAUUAGUAGUACCAGUGAUUAGCCUUGAGUUCUCUAAGAUCAUUGACCUGCUCUCUACAUGUUGUGGGGGAAUUGCUUUUUUUUUUUUUUUUUUUACUUUGUCAAAGUUUGAACUCGAAUGCAGGGCUGGUGAAAUCUCAUGCAAUGUGUAAAGAAUAUUGUAUUGGCAGACCACUAGGAUUAAGGACAUGUCCGCAGCUUUAUAAGACAUUGGAGAAACCUUCAGAACCAUUCCGUUGCACAUGUCAGCCAACGUUGCCAGUUCUUAGUCUAUGCUGACAUUGGAGAUAAGACACUGAUGUUUGUCGUAGUGAAAAUAUCAGGCAACAUAAGGAUUGAUCCUCACAUAUGUUACUUAUUAUUCCGGAAUCGCUCAACAUUAACCAUAUGGUGGCAAUGUAUUAAACAUUAAGAAUGUUUGAACAUGGAGUGCAAUACGAGAGCAUGGAGACACACCAAUCUGGCUGAUGGUAUCACAGUGGUGGUAUAUGUCUGCAAUAUGAGCUCAUUGGACUAUUUUUCUUAGACUAGCUUGUAAUGGUGUUUGCAUGUGAUAACUUUGAAGAAUUUCCUGGGACCGUCCCCUGAAUUGAUAUUCUCCUAUUGUUUUUCUUCUUUAGUCAGAGAAAUCAAAGAGGGCCGGGGACCUCCCUUCAGCACUCAAGGUCCUUGAAUCCUUGAAAGCUAAUUACAGCGGGCGUUUAGAAGUUCGUCUCCUGGAGGAAGACAUGAACUUUAAUGCCCGAGCGGCAUCAUUAUCUGUAAGUAUUUUCCAAAGAAUUGCAUUAAUGAAAGAGGGAUCCGUUGGUGUUGCUUCACAUUAAACUGCAGGUUAAAUCCAUCAACACAUGAUUAUUAUACCAGGAUGAUCUAGCAUUUUGGGAUGAGGGAAACAAAGUAAAGAUUCUUAGAACAUUUAUUGAACAAAAAUGCAAUGUCCCACAGUAGUUUCAUGAACCGUAAAGGGUAUGAUAAAAUGGGCAUUGCUGUGAAGUAUAAUGGUCGGAUGACAUGCCUAUUUUUGUUGCAUUUUGAAAGUGUUUGAUUCUCUUGAGAACAAGAAAUCCUUAAUCAGCUAGAUUGGAUCAGCAUGAAUGUGUACCACUCACUCAUCUGGAUGAGACUUUUUUUUCAUUUAAUAAUAUUAUCUAAUAAAAUUAGUGCUGAUUUGACAUUUGAUGAACUACAUCCCAACGAAUUGGACAAUUUUUUUAUGACCAGACGGUUUGCAGAAAGAAAUACAUCAACAGAGGUUGAAUACUGAAAGUGGUAAGAUAGACUCUGUUCUUUACGUUGUUUCAUAAAAAAAAAAAAUUAAUCGUUUAAGAGAAACUUCUGACUUGAAGAUUGCAUCAGAGACUGGGCAUAGGUAUCAGUCUUGAAAUUUUUUUGUUCUCCCUGGAUGUAUUCUAGAGGCAAGUUUAGUUUCGGAGUGCAUUUCACAAAUUACAUGAAAAGUUGUUAUUAUUUAUUUAUUUAUUUUUAAAUUAUUGGAUACUUGGUUGGGCAUUUGUGGGCACCACCAAGCUUUCAUCAUUGACUUGAAGUCCCCAUGAUUUCCUCUUGAGCUUUAUAUUAUCCAGCAAAUUCUUGGAAGUGAGUGAUUUAAGCCUGAUCCAUGUACACUGAAAUUUCCUAAUCUGGUUAAUCAGAUCUGAAGUUUGGGGCCGGAAAAAAAUUGAACUGUUUUAUUUGACAUUGGUCGGUUCAGCUUUGACCUUAUUCACCAAUUUCAUACCUUCAAUACGCUGACAGGAGCUCAGGCGAGGGGGAUGCCUUCUGGUUGCGACAGACAUUGCAGGAAGAGGGUUUGACCUGCCGGAGACGACUCACAUAUACAACUUUGACCUUCCCAAGACCGCAGUUGACUAUCUCCACCGAGCUGGGAGGGCAGGCCGGAGGCCAUUCUCCGAUGAGAUAUGCACUGUCACCAGCCUCAUUUCCCAGGAAGAGCGGUUUGUGCUGCAGAGAUUCGAGAACCAACUAGUAUUUGAAUGCCAGGAGUUAACGUUGACUUCAUCAACAUAA